AUGAGCCGCUCUCCAACUCUCCGAGAAGUCCCCGAAGGAUGGACUACCGACCCUGGCUUCACGUCAUAUCUAGUCAAAGGAGAUUGGGUGAAGAUGGCAAAGCGCUGCAGCCUUGAAAACCCAGUCCCCAUCAUGUGCACCACCCCGGAGUCAGGGGAGCACUACGGCUUGAUAUCGGCUGGGGGGCGGUACUACUUCACGGACGAUCUGGCCUGGUCUAUUCUCGAGAUUAUCAAGCCGACGACCCUUGACGGGAUUUUGAAGAAGAUAUUUGACGAGAACGAGAGAUCAAUCAAGAUGAAGGUUCUGGAGGAAGUGGAGACAGAGGAGGAUCUGGAGGAGGAGAGAGAGAAGGCAGAAAUUGCGUUGAUGGAGCAGAUGAAGGCAGCACCGGGGUACCUGGACUGGCAGGAGAUGGAUUCAGACUAG